AUGGAUAAUGACAAAAGCACUAUGCUUGCUGUUUUACAGCUUCUGAAAAAGUACAAUUUAAAGAGUACUGAAGAAUUAUUUAGAAAAGAAGCUAAUCUUCAAGAUGUUUCAAUUGAAGAUUCUCAACAAACUGAUUCUGAGGUAACCAGUGUCCUUUCUGCUUACAAAAGUGAAGGAGAUCCUGCAUUAUAUGAGAAAGCAUAUAGUGAAUUGAAAAAAUUUGUAGAAGGAGCUCUAGACAUUUAUAAACAUGAAUUGGGUACCAUAUUAUAUCCAGUUUUGGUACAUAUGUAUGUGGAAUUGGUUUACAAUAAUCAUCCUGAAGAAGCAAAACAACUUAUGGAAAAGUUUCGUGGGAAUUUGGAAGAAUAUUAUCAAGAUGAUUUAAAACGAUUGUCGAAUGUAACCAAACGUGAACAAAUGGCAGGAAAUGAAUUAACUGAUACCUUUAAGUCUAAUCAGUUUAUAAUUAGAAUGUCAAGAGAUACUCUUUCUAUACUAAAACGACAUUUGCAAGAAAAAAAACAUAGUGUUUUAUUAAAUAUCAUACAAGAACAUCUAUAUUUUGACAUGUAUGAGGGUGUUGCUCGUAAUAAACAACAAAUUGAUGCAACAUCUGGGGCUACAGUGGGAGAAGCUACGCGCCAAGAUAAUAAAGCCAAAGUCUAUUAUGGACUUCUAAAGGAACCAGAUAUUCAGUGUGUACCGCCAGCUGAAGAAGAAGAAGAUGAUACAGGUGGUGGAGAUGGAGAUAAACCAAAAAAGAAAAAGGCUAAGAAAGAUCCUUUAUUCUCAAAGAAGACUAAAUCGGAUCCAAAUGCACCACCUGUGGGCAGAAUGCCUUUGCCUAAUCUGAAAGAUGUUGAUAAACUAGAAAAAGUGAAAGCAUUAAGAGAAGCAUCAAAAAGAGUUAUUGUUGGACCUGAUACACUACCGUCCAUAUGUUUUUAUACAUUAAUGAAUGCUGUUCAUACCGUAACAUCAGCAGAAGUAUCGGAAGACUCAAGUUUAUUAGCUACCGGUUUCCGUGAUUCUGGUAUAAAAGUAUGGAGUUUAGUGCCACAAAAAUUAAGACUAAUGAAGACGGGUGAAGAAUUACAAGAUAUUGAUAGAGAAGCAGAUGAUGUAUUGGUUAGAAUGAUGGAUGAACGCACCUCUGAAACUGCAAGAAAUCUAUAUGGUCACAGUGGGCCAGUUUACAGUCUUUCAUUUAGUCCAGAUAGAAAUCUCUUACUUUCAUCAUCAGAGGAUGCUACAAUAAGAUUAUGGUCACUUCACACGUGGACAUGCGUCGUAUGUUACAAAGGUCACUUAUUUCCUGUGUGGUGUGUAAGAUUUUCACCACAUGGUUAUUACUUUACAAGCGCUUCGUACGAUAGAACCGCCAGACUGUGGGCAACAGAUUCACAUCAACCGUUACGAAUAUUCGCUGGUCACUACUCGGACGUUAAUGUAGUCCAAUUUCAUCCAAAUUCAAAUUAUGUUGCGACUGGAUCAAGCGACAUGACUGUGAGAUUAUGGGACUGUGUAACUGGCAGCCAAGUCCGUUUAAUGACUGGACACAAAGGGCCUAUUUAUUCCCUAGCUUUCUCAACAGAAGGACGAUUCUUAGCCUCAGCUGGUACUGAUCAUCGUGUACUAGUAUGGGAUUUAGCGCAUGGUCAUCUUGUCGCUGCUUUGUCAGGGCAUACAGGCAAUAUUGAGUGUUUAUCUUUUAGUCGCGAUGGCAAUAUUCUAGUUUCAGGAUCCUUGGAUUAUACAGUACGAUUAUGGGAUUUUACAAAGUUGGCAGAGGAAAUGAGCUUGGAAGACGUCAACGUUUCACACAAUCCAGAUGUGAAAACUAAUGCUGAAUCAUAUUUACUACGUACUUUCCCUACAAAAAACACAUCUAUUCUAACAUUGCAUUUUUCACGUAGGAAUUUACUACUAGGCGUAGGCAUGUUUGAGUCAACAUAAUAGAUAUAGAAAGACAGAGAUUUAUCUUCCCAUGUUUAUGCAAAAUAAUAUGUAUAU